UAGAUAGAUGCUCAAGGCACACUCAGCCAGCCACUUUCUGCCUCAGGCAAAAUCGAGAUACAUUCGGUGAGCGUCCGGAAUCGCCGCUCUCCAUUAACUGCAACAUUGAACGUAAUAACUACUCAGCUCUUGAUCAUGGCUGCUCCACCAAUAUGCAAAUUACCCCUGGAGGGUAUCCUUACUACCAAAUGCUUUGAUAUCACACAAUACGCAAUCCCAUGUCGAUACCGACUCCUUAGCUGCGCUGCCUUCGUCAAAAAUAAAGAACUGGAAAUACUUGAAUUUACUGAUUUCCCCACUGUCAAAUAUACAGCUGUAUCCUACGUCUGGAAGGGAAACAUCCCCAAUGCGAACUUCCAUGACCAGACUUUCAAUGUACCAGUUCCAGAUGAAAAGGACGGGUCACCAGGGAAUCCGGGAGAUCCGAUAGGGGUCGACGUGCUGAAUCAAGUUUGUGUGGCAUCUAUGGCCCGAGGAGUACAUUAUCUCUGGCUGGAUCGCCUCUGUAUCAUGCAAAUGAACGACGAGGAUAAAAAGUGGCAGAUUAGACAGAUGCAUGCCAUAUAUCUCCAUUGUGAAAUAUGCAUCGUCGUCCCUGGAGGCAUACAGUGCCUUGUACGUCUUGACGAGGAGACACAAUGGAUUCAUCGGGGCUGGACCCUACAAGAAGCGGUGGCGCCUUCAAAUGUCCUCAUCCUGUUUUCUUGGAGAUUUGGCUCGUGUAAAGCUUAUGCGGGCGAUGCGGAGGGAGACAUCGAUGAAAUCACAGCGGCUACGUCGGCCGUGGCGUCUCUAUCGUUCAUUGUUGAUUCUAGCACUAUCGGCAGCAUUGGUGUCAAUUUUGGUGAUCACCGUGAAUUAGUCAGAGUCAAACUACUCAGUUCCCACCCCUCGGACCAAGUCUACAACAGAGAGGAUCACAGGAUAAUGUCUCCUAAUGUCGGCGCCCUCGCUCGCAUCAUGUCGAAGGACUUGAACGAUGAUGAAAGACACCAUUCGAUCUGGCAGAGUGCACUGAUGCGAACUUCUUCUCGACCGGUCGACAUGGUCUUCAGUAUUAUGGGGCUUUUCGGCAUUACGCUAGAUACUUCGCGAUUCGAGAAAGAGGAUCGAGCCAAAGCUACGAUCGAACUUGCGCGGGAGGUUAUGGCCAAAGGAGGUCGAGCAACUUGGCUUGCUGCAGCUUUCCGUAUACAGCCGUCGCGGCAGAUAUCUACAUUUCCUUUAUUUCCUCGCACUUCUGUUUCUGGGAAGUCAUACGUAAAAGUAGAAGGGGGAGUGCAGGAGAUUUCAUUAUUGAUGGAGAACGAGUAUCCCAUCGCGCAGGCACUUGUUCCAAUGCCCAAAGGUUGUAUGGACGAGAAAGGGUACCUGACGUUCUCUUCAAAGGCCAUACCUAUACGACCUCGCUCAAUGGACCCCCAAAGAAUGUCUCUUGAUCCCCGAAACCCAGCGUAUUUCCAAGAUGUUAACGACUCGUGGUGGGAGACUCAAGAGGAUUCAGUUCGCAUGGAAAAGAAGACCUUUGCAGUACUUAUAGGCUAUUUCGUUGGCUAUUACCCUGGAGGUACACCUGCUACGGAUUCAAAAAAUGUCCGCGCCGCAAUCAUCGAGGAGCACGCACAAGAUAGAUUCCAUGUGCGAACAUACUUAGCCCUGAGUAAAGAAACGAAGGCUUGGGUUAAAACGUGGCAAGAGCAGACGUUUAUAGUCGGUGGACCGUUACCGGAUGACAUCGAAGACGCUGGACAGGGUCUUCCUGUGGUUAACAAUCCGAGGAUACAACGUUUGAACGACACGCAAGGUGCAAGCUGUAGUAUUACGCCUUCUUUAAAAGGCAUCGCUUACCGUCGUGCUCGAUGGGCUAGUCCACAGUUGCAAUUUGAAGAUAGGCACUUGUACGUUGCAAGGGGGAACUAGGUCUGGUCAAUUGCUUCAGUUAGUUAGGUACCUACCUAGGGUAUACACCUCCGUUAGUAUGGUAAAUCAAGCAUCCUAGGCGAUUUUGAAAGACUCAAUAGAGAAAGGCUUGCUCCAACAAUUACUACAAACCAAUUUU